AUGUAUUAUAUCUCAAUUAAUGUAUCCAAUUACAAUUGGACGUGUAAUGAAUGUGUGUGGGUUCAAAAUAGGCAUUGCCAAUAUCAACAGUGCAAGUGUGAUAAGCAAGUUAUUGAAUGCUGGUCAAGAAUCCCCACCCCAAAGCAUAAUAAAAAUGAAUCAGUUAGCUGCAAUGCAAAAUUUAUCGAUGAAGUCAAAGAUAAUCCAAAUAUUCCAAUUGCUAAUGUUACCAAUAUUCGCCGAAAUAAUGAUAAAAGUUGGGAGAAACUAGAUAAAAUUGAAAAGGAAAUUGACACGUUAAAACAUGAUAGGCCAAUGCAAAAAUUUCUUGUUAAAACGCAACAGACGGCUAUAAAAUACUCGGAUGAAAUUGAUUUGGCAUAUGACAAAAUGAAUUCAACAUUAUAUGAAGCUAUAUUUAAAUUAAAUUAUGCAAUAAAUAAAGCAGAAAAAUCCAACGAUGAAGAAGAUUUAGUUGAAGUAGAAAUUGCACUUGAGGAAUUUUCAAAAACUUUACAGGCAGCAGUGACUUUUGAUAAUGAAUACCAAUGGGCUUAUACUUCUAUACUUACUGUUCAUUUAAAAAUAGAUAUGAUUGUAGAUUUGGCUACAGGCAAAGACGAAUAA